AGGAAGUCCAGGUAGCUUUCAGAACAGUAGCAGCAGAACUGGUGAUAUUUACUGAAUAUGAUGGACUAGAAGCUGGCUUAUUCUUGAUGAAAGAGCCAUGUAAAAAAAGAAUUCGCCAACCCCUGUGACUGAAUUUGAGCGAUAAUGUCAAUGGAAUUAACACAUUGCCAUUGUUGAAUGGUCUCCUGUGGCUAUAUAAACAUCAAGUACACAGGAUCUCCUGAACAAGUAAGAGACAGCUCUUCUGAAGAACAAGAGUUACGGAGCCCUUCUGCACUUCUUCUCUGGGCUUCUUCAGGAAACCUGUCUGCAGAUGGCUCACAGCACCAGUGCCAAAACGGGCACCAGCCUUGUGGCAGCUGCAGCUUUGGCCAGUGGCAAAUAAGACCAGUGACAAUGCCAGUGUUCAUCCCAUGCAGAUGGCAGAGUAUCCUUCAUAAAGAGCUGCCAAGAUGCUCUGGAACUGUGGCCUACGUGUGCCAGUCCGAGAGCCCCAGACACCGGCCAGAGAUGGCAAGAUGAUUACCCGUCUUGGAGAGCUCCCAGUUCAGAAGGUAGGAAUGGGGAGGGGUGUGUGUGCAGACCAGUUCCCUACAGGGUCCUGUUGGGUGUUAAGGGUUAAAGCUUCCCGUAAGGCAGGAGAAAUGCCAGAAAACAUUUGCCUUACUACAAAACCCAGAGGGGAAUGUUUCUUUCUAAUCACCUCCUCAAAGAGAUGCAAAGCAAAAGCUCUUGGCCUCUGCUUUUGUCAUCACACAUCCCCUCCCUUCUGCGCUGCCCUACCUCGUCCCCUUCAGCAUAGCAGGAGAGCCUACUGUUAGAGCUAGGCACAGCAGGAUUUUUACCUGCUGCUGUAAAUGAGCUUGGAGCAGAGCUGUGUAUGUCACUGACUUACACAUGUCAGAUCCACUCUCUCUCCAAUCCCUUUCCACACCCCCAGCCUCCAAUUUGCCAGUGAAUUGUUAGACACCAGCACAUUCACCUCUGACUUCCCAGUAAACUGCCUGAGGGCGCUGCACGGACAGACAGACAAGAGCGUAAUGUGCUAAAUUCCCCCUUUGCUAGUGAUGAAUUUCCUGGGGAUUGCUCCUGUUAGCCACGCUUUCCAGCAAUAGUAACAAAUUCACUUUUUUUUUUUUUUUUUUUACUUUUAAAACCUUUGCAGUGUAACUAGAAUGGCAGGGAGAAAGCUAGUUGUUAACUAGUCAUGGGUAAUUAAUGACUCCACCUUCCCCAUCAAUCAGCUGGGAAAAGCCAAAAGGAUUUGAGUACUUGGAGCAAAUGUGUGUUCUCUAGACAUGCUGAUAAGCAGUGUGCAAAUGGAGUGGCAGCAGGAGACCAUCUCAUACCCUUGCAUGGAAGAAGCAGUAAGUCAUGAUACACAUCCCACGCUCUUGUCAGGUGAAGAGUCUGAAAUUCCCAGUGCUGCUGCUGUUGUGCAGUUUCUAACUGUGUGGGAUGUUGAUCCAUCUUGCUGCUAGCUUGAAGCUGACCCAAUUUUUGUUCUAUUUUUCCUUUUCAGAUUCUGAUUAUGGUUGUCUUUUCCACUUUCUACAAUUAAAAUACUAGCAUUAGAAAAUCAGGACAUGUGGUGGGGGGGCAGAUUUGAUGCUGGCUCUCCUUUUGUAGCAGAGCAAAAAAGCAUUUCUGCAUCCUGUUUUGUUUGUGUCUGGUAGUGACUGUGCAAGUACAAGCAGAGGAGAUUUGACCUCGAUACCAUUUUCAGCAAUCUUUUUCCUUCCGAUUUAUUUUUCCACAUAUGUAAUAAAUAAUCUCCAGUUGAGCUACAAGUUGAUGUUGCUCCACCACAUGAUAGUCCUCUCCUCCGUGGUACUGAGACUCCCCAGCUCUGGAUGUCCCCGAGUUAGCUGAAGGAGAAGAGCCUGUGGUCUUCUGUAUUAUCCAGUAGUUUUAAAGGGAUGUCAGGAAGGCUGGAUGUGGUCCUUCAAAGGUGCCAGCAGCCAAUGGACCAUCUCCUGCUAUAAAAUCCUCCUCAGGACUUCUCGAACUCUCCAACCCCUUUCUUUUAAAUGUUCUUCCUUGCCACACUAGGCAUUGGCUUUUCUCUCCCUGCCUAGUCCUGGGGUGCCUACAAUUCAAUAUACCCUUGAAAGAGAGCCAGUCCCUCCUCUGAUUAAACUCCUUUGUCCUCUUUGCAUGUCCUUGCACUGCCUGCUCCAAACGGCAGUAAAAACAGUACUAAAGGGAUGUUGUCUGGGUAUAGGAACUGACUAAAUAAAUGCAGAAUAUGUUUUGCAUGUCGGACUAAAAAUCAGAUGUCCCAAUAACAUCACUGACAAAAGAAAAAACCGUUCAUUUUCCUGGGAGCAAAACUAGACUGUGAAUCAGCUGCAGCCUUACAGCAAGCUCUUUGAAAUGUACAGAGCUCCUGAAUUUGCUGUGCAGGAUCCAACACUGGCCCAUUGGGACCGAUAUCCUGCUUUCGACCUCCACUUUCUGAACGUCUUCGACCUUUGUAAAUGUUAGUAUAGCCAUUUCUGUAUGUGUAUGCAUAGAACUCCCUUCUUAACCGAGGUGUAGUGGCUGUUCUGUGCCCUGAAGCGUGAGACUUGAUUGCUGUCUCUUAGCACUUGUAAGCACUUAUAAGUACAAAAGCUAAUGGUGACACUUGCAGAAUAAACUAAUUAAGGGAAAAUGCUCCAGUCCUUCAGUUUUUGCUCAGCCUUCCUUCAGUAAGAGCAGUGCCUUGAACAAGGCCUAAAACCGGUGCCUGAUCCACCAUGAAACUCUUGGAUCACUUACAAUAGCCCUGGAAGGUGCCAGCCGAAGGAGUUUGCUCCAGUAAAAUGAUAACGCUAGUAUGGCUGUGUCAUUAAACAAUUGCAACUUUCAGUUGUGAAGCUCAGCUGAAAAGAUACUGCACGUAGAGCAGCCUCAGUCCUGAGCUUCAGAACGGAUGGGGUGCAGCGGUGAGGACCCUGCCGUAGAAAAAGAGCACAGUAGGAAAAUUAACUGUGCGGUUAAGGGCUGUGACUGCAGAGAUUGGGUAGGUAAGUUAUCUCAUCAAAUGGAGAAGACAUCUGUUGGUGAAUGAAUGCGUUGCUGCAGCAUCCCAGUUGUGAGAGCAAACUUUACCACAGACUCUUAAUCACCCACUUGGGAAGGAACAGGCUUGACACAGUCCCGAUUCUGAUAGCAGAAAUCAAGAGUAAAACGAUUCUGUGCUCUGGAGAUGAAAAUUCUAUCAAAUCCAUGGAACAACCAGAAGGAAAUUUUUCCUGCUUGCUGUUUAAGGGAUUGUUUUAUUUUGUAGCCCCAGCCAUUGCUGCAGAUCCUUCCUCUCUUUGUCCCUUUGGACAUCAAAGGAUCGCAAGGGGACAGCCCUGGUGAGAAGCUCCUCCCUGCUCAUUAGCCUCCAUAAAACAGGAACUCACCUUGGCUAGCUGUGCUUGGAGUCCCAUCCUCAUCCCGGUCACUCUUGACACUGGAUCUCAGAAGGAAGGGCUUUUGCUUGCUUCAGGAAAUCAGACCUGCUUUUGAGCUGGACUAUUUUGGCUCCCCUUGUAAGAACUCUGGUGAAUCUCUUGGCCGUGCAAGCUCCUAGCCUCCACAGUUCAUGGAAAAAUGCAAGCUUUACCAGACGUGAAAGCGCCGUGUGAGGCACUGCCUUCCCCCAGCCUGGAGCCCUACCCACAGAGCUCCAUUGUGGUCACCCUUGAGGACAUGGGUCUCUGGAUGAAGUUUCAUCAGAUAGGAACUGAGAUGAUCAUCACCAAAUCUGGCAGACGAAUGUUUCCACAAUGCAAAAUCAAAGUCUCUGGCUUAAUCCCGUAUGCCAAGUACCUCAUGCUGGUAGAUUUUGUGCCAAUGGACAACUUCAGGUACAAGUGGAAUAAAGAUCAGUGGGAAGUUGCUGGAAAAGCAGAGCCCCAGCUCCCUUGUCGCACCUACGUCCACCCAGAUUCCCCAGCUCCUGGCAGCCACUGGAUGAAAGAACCUGUCUCCUUCCAAAAACUGAAGCUAACCAACAACACUCUGGAUCAACAUGGGCAUAUCAUCCUCCACUCCAUGCACCGUUACAAGCCUCGCUUCCACAUUGUGCAGGCAGAUGACCUCUUCAGUGUCCGCUGGAGCAUCUUCCAAGUCUUCAGCUUCCCUGAGACUGUCUUCACUUCUGUUACUGCCUACCAGAAUGAGCAGAUUACAAAGCUCAAGAUUGACAACAAUCCAUUUGCUAAAGGUUUCCGUGAGCAUGGGAAGAACACUCGAAGGGAAGGACGAGCCAAAUGCCAGAAGCCUAGUCCAGCCAAGGGCCAGAAGAGGAAGCUGCCCGAGGAAAAGGAGUCUGGUGCUGAGGAAUGUGAUUUUGAGAAAGAUGAGAAUGUAGAUGUGAAGGAAGAGAGUAACCCCGUCGUGGUCAGCAGCGGAUACCCCUUCUGGGUCUCGGAGCAGAAUGGCAGCCAUGCCUUUCCUGCGGCAUCACCGGUGCCAGCUGACCAGAGGGAAGGUCUGGCCAGAGAGCAACAAGUGCCUACACCAUCCUACCAGACGUAUCGGUUCCACGAAGCUGGGGACAGCCAGCAGCUUCCCACCCGCGAUGCCGCAACCUUGAACGAUUUCCGGGCAAGGUGCCACCCCUUGGAUCUCACCACGGUGCCUGAGCACGACUCCAAACAGCUCCCGGAGGGCUUCACCAACCUGCCUCCGCUCCCUCCGCCUCUGCCUCCUCCCCAGGACUACACAGGAGUGGUGAACAUGGCUCUAGACUCUGUCGGGAAACCCGGGGCCCGAGCACCCAUGUACAGUCCCUACGGCACCGAGCAAAGCCUCGGCCAGUGGAUGGUGCCUUCCCACAGCCAGUACAGGGCAAUGAGCUACUCGGCCUUCUCCGCAGAGUACAAUACACAGGGGGCUCCAGGACAUGCCCAUGGGACCGUGGCAGAGUGGAGCCAGUACCCUCUGUUCCCUUACGCCUGCUGGUGAACGGGGAAGACCCUUCCCAAUGAAAAAACUGAAAGAAAAUUGUAAAUGAGAUCAAAUUUGCUCUGGGGUGUUGACCUUUUGAAGCCUUGCCUACGCUAGGCAAAGAGGUAUUGCUGCAAGCGGUAGCGUGGGACACCUCCACUUCCUUGUCUCCUUGCACAACAACCCUCACCGUAUUUCACAAGCAGUGGCUAAACUGGUGGCUGCCCCGACCAUGUCAGCGUGGGUCUGGCUGAAUCAAUGUGUUCCGCAGUGGUUUUUUCACGGCAGGAGUAGGAAAGCACAGGAGCUGCAAGAGCAGUAUUUAAAGAACUGCCUAACUCUCAGUCCCAGGCUGUUUGCAUCUCGCAUUUGGCAGUUGCCAAAAUCCCUUCCUCCCAGGACUUGCGUGCAAGGAGAUAGGGGCUGAGGUGAGGCCAUCCAGGCGGCCAAGAAGCUGUAGAGAAUUAUUGCAAAGACGAGCAAAACAAGCAAUCCUGGUGUCCCCUUGAGCAGUUUCCUCACUUAGUAUAGUCAAACUAAAGCUAGAGUCUUGCCUUCCUUCCAGCAGCAUAUGAGAGUAAAAUACACAACAACGCAGGUGUGUCUGGAGCGCAGCAGUGGGUCGUGCAGGCAGGGAAGAAUUUGUCCCGUGCAGGAGAAGCGGCAGCAAGGCUGUGUGUUGUGUCUGCAUGUCCCCUGUGCCCGUCCCUCUUCUGUCACCCCUAGAUUGGAGGUUAGUGAAACACUCUUCUUUCUGCCGGUCGUGGAGGGAGGUUGUUCACAGAAUGUGGGGGGCUGCUCUGGGCGUUUCCAAAGGCCUGUGGUUGUCAGAAACAGGGCCACAAACAGCAGUGCUGGCUGCGUCACUCUGACCUCUUCCUUUCAAGGGAAAGGAAACCUUUCACUGUGAACUUCUUCCUUCUUCCACCCCCUGCCACCCCUGGAGAAUAUAAUUUAUAGUUGUGGUUACUGUGCUACACUCUGAGCGAGCUUUGUCGACAGAAAAUUCUCACCAGCCUGGCAUUGCUCAUCAGGCAUAUACUUUAACUGAUACCCUGUAGGCACUGAGCUGCGUGCUGCAUUGCUGGUGUGCUCGGCACCUCCCAGGCUGGUCGGUGAAGUCAUCUUGCCGCUCUUUGGGAGUCUGUAGGGAUCUGCUUCCAUGUUUAGUUAUCAGAGCAGUUUCACCUCCCUUACCUCUGUGCUCCCAUCGUGGGGAGGAGCUGUUCUGCCAGUGAGCAGCCUGCGUGCUGCCUUGCAAAGAGGAUUUCUUUUUAUCUUCGUGUUAGAAGGGGGAAGCAUCCCCUGUUUGCCCAAGUGGCAGAGUGGCCCUGGCAAUGGGGUCUUGUUUGAGACAGGCUCUUUGCUUCUCAGGGAGGAUAGACACGUUCCUAGGUGUUAUUUAGGGAAUGUUUUCUUGUAACACUUUAAAUAAACGGCUGUGUGGCCUGUAGCCAUCACUACGCAGCGAGGUGCAUCUUUUAGCUAUCAUUUAGCGUGUACGCCAGAUGGUUUUCUCUCUGUGUGCCCAUACGUGUGUGUAGCAAGAUGUUGUCUAUGAGCAGACCUGGGUGGGUUUGUGACCACCAGUGCAUCAGGACCGGUGUGCGGGUACACCGGGAAAGGCUGUGCGCUGGUCUGUUCAGGUACCAGGUCGGCACUGUGCGUGUACGUAGCGUAGAGGUGUCAAGCCAUGUUUAUUAUUGUUAAAAUGAUUUUGAAAAGUAACCCUACAAAUUUGUAAAACUCGACUACAAUGACUACUUUCUUAUUUAAAUAGUAUAUUGCUAACUGCUUUUGUUGCCACAAUUACAAUACGUGCAGAGCAGCCAAGUACUUCCCCUCGGCUUCACAGGAUGGGUGUGAGAUGUGCAGCGUUUAAAUAAAGGUCAGACUUCACCACAGUAUAUGUAUAUAAUACCCUAUCAGCCUCUCCUCUGCUAGCACCCUGGCCAGUAGCGAUUUAUACCUGCUGUGCAUGACACGCAUGUGGUUGUGAGUGACUCACUAAAAAGAAAUCUGGUUGGGGAAAAAAAAUGUGGAGGAGAUUGUUUUUAACCCCAGAACGCUGUGAUUUCCUGCUGUCCAAAUGCCAGCUGAGUGAAGGCAGGUCAGCUGUAAAAGGCCGUCCUCUGGGGAUGAGAAAAAUAUUCUGUCUCUGACCAUUAGUAGUUGAUUUUGCCACCACUGUUUUCCACAUCUUGGAAAUCAGAUGAGAAGGCUGGCUAGGGAGUUCGGUGCCUUGAAUCCUGAGUGUGGGGACCCUGGGGGUGGUACUUUCUGCGAGGCAGUCCUCCUGGUACCCCGCCGUGAUGGCUGCCAGUGCCAUGCUAACAAGAAAAGAGAAAGUAAUACAUCACCCUCACAGGCUACUUGGUUAGAUCUGUUUCUUUAUCUUUGAAGUGGGGUUGUAUUUCCCUCUUGUCACAGGGUGCUAAUGAGGAUGAAAACCAUGCUGUGGUGAGUAUGAGUAACUGAGGAGAACUGGGCAGUACAGGGAAACUCCUCUGCAAAUACGGGUGUAAUGUUCUUUUUUUCAAACCUUCAGAGUAGUGUUGCCAGUACUGCUGCCCCAUGGGCCUGUUGGUAGAGCUGAUUUGGCAGACGGCUCUGCACCGGGGUAAAAGACUCAGACUUGCGCCUAGGACGAGCCAUUAAUUACUCAUCAGCCUUCUGUUGCAACAGGACUCCUUGCCCUUCUUCAGUGAAUCAUCUGGCUUAUUAGAAAAGUACCUUUAGUUUCCUCGCUCGCCUGUCUCUGGUUAGAGACUGCGGCUUGGCUUGUUUGUGUGAAGCCUUUGGAAAUUUUGCCCGUAGGUGUGUGCUCUGGACUCUGCUGCCGCCUCCUCCCUUUGCAGUUCCCACUGUCUUGUUUUCUUCAGCUGUGGCAUUUAAAAGUCUGUAUGAGCUCGACUGAAGCGCUGUUUUUGCACGCAUGUGAGAUAAUGUAAUGCCUCUCUGACAGCUUCAAUAAAAGGAAAUGAGACAUGCGGAAGGCAGGCCAUUAAGAGCAAUAAAAUAAACUCUAAAGUGUGUUUUUUGUGCAUCUCUUUCAAGCACACCAGUGGCUCCGCUUUAGUCACGUUACCUGGGGCCAGUUUGUACAGGCAUGACACACGUUGAUCUCAGCAUUCAUUGUUCUCUGCAGCGUAUUCAGCGAGCCCCAGGUUAUCUGCUUGCAUUGCUAGAUGUGAGUCAGUCUCUUGCACUAAUUCUUUGCAGCAAAUUAUUUAUUUUCUCUGUGUUUUCUGCUCCUCUGCUGCAGAGGAGUUACAUAAGGAUGAGGGCAAAUGGACUAUAAAUGGGAUCUAGGUAGAUCUCCUAUGGGAAAUAAAGAUCCUGAUUUAUUUUGG